AUGACGACGAGCAGGGAGAAGAGGUGGAGCCUGGCCGGCGCGACGGCCCUGGUCACCGGCGGCAGCAAAGGAAUAGGGCGUGCCAUUGUUGAGGAGCUCGCCGGCUUCGGGGCGCGGGUGCACACCUGCUCCCGCAACGCGGCGGAGCUGGAAGAGUGCCGCCGGCAGUGGGAGGAUGAGAAGCUGGCGGUUACCGUCUCCGUGUGCGAUGUCUCUGUGCGCUCUGAGAGGGUGAAGCUCAUGGAGACGGUCAGGGAGUCCUUCGACGGCAAGCUGGACAUACUGGUGAACAAUGCAGGGCAAUUGGUUUUGAAAGCGGCUACAAAGUGGACGGCGGAGGACUACGCACAAUUGAUGGAGACUAACUUAGAGUCAAGCUUCCACCUUAGUCAGCUCGCGCACCCUCUACUCGUCAACGCCUCUGUACUUGGAGGAGGUAGCAUCGUCAACAUCUCCUCUGUUGGAGGUAUAUUUGGCUACCCAGGCCUCGCACUUUAUGGCAUCACAAAAGGAGGAAUGAACCAAUUUACAAGGAGCCUCGCCACUGAGUGGGCUAGAGACACUAUUCGUGUGAACUCUGUUGCCCCAGGCAUUGUGUCGACAGACAUGAUCAAAGAUUUAGAGGCGGAUGCCCUUGAGGAAGCAUGCUCGCGGAUCCCGAUGGGCCGGAGUGGCAAGCCAACGGAGGUCGCUUCAGUGGUGUCCUUCCUUUGUAUGCCCACGGCGUCCUAUAUCACCGGCCAGGUUAUUUGUAUCGACGGCGGUCGAACCAUUUAUUAGAGUCUACUACCUCCGUCCCAUAAUAUAAGAACGUUUUUUACACUGUCACUAGUGUCAAAAAUGUUUUUAUAUUAUGGGACGGAGGGAGUAGCUGCUAGUGCUACUACUCCGAUUGGG